CAUUAUAUGUCAAACGAACCCAUGCCCCAAAAUUCUAGAAAAACCUAAAAGCAAAAUCACGAUGAAAACAGUAGUUUCGGAAACCGGCGUGGAAGUUCUGUAUCCGUGCACAAUCCAUUUGUCCAACGAUGAAGUUUGGGAAUGUGAGUACAAGUCUGACCAUAAUGGAAAGGAGUUGCUUGACUACGUUUGUGAGAAGCUCAACUUACAGGAUAGGGACUAUUGGGGGCUGAAGUAUGCGGAUCAGUUCGAGCAGAGGCACUGGUUGGAUACGAACGGACUCGUUCGGUCCCAGGUGAAGAAUAUCGGUUGCCCGCUGGAGCUCUUUUUCAAGUAAAAACAAAUUUGUUGAACUAUCUAAAUAGAAGUAUUGUAAGAGGGCCAUGAUUUAAAUUAAAAGUAUAUCCACCAGAACCGUACAAAUUAGCAGAUCCCGUAGCCAGAACCCAGAUAUUCUACCAAUUAAGAUCGGAUCUUUUACAGGGUACUCUGAGUUGUGGAGCUAGCAACGAUGCGUCACUUCUCGUUGCACUUUUGCUCCAACACAUUUAUGGAGAUUAUGAUUCUAACAUUCACAUAGGCCAUUACAUCAAGGAAAAAUUCCUGUUGAAUCAAACAUUUGCGGUAGAAGCCAAAGCCAUCGAGAUACACAAACUUCAUCUUGUUGGCCUGACAAAAGAGCAAACAGAAGACCUUUUCCUGAGAAUGGCUUGUCAGUUAGAAACGUAUGGCGUCGAUCCUUAUCUCGUUGAAGACGAGCAAGGUGUGAAAUUGACACUCUGGAUCAACCAUAAGGGGCUGAUGACCUACCAUGAGGCCAAAAAGGUCCAUCAUAUGGAGUGGAUGAAUAUAUGCAAAAUUUUGAGGGAGCAGAAUAAGCUCGUCGUGUAUUUGAUGUCAGGUGACUAUGUGACGCUCUCUUGCUUGACUGUUGCUGAAAGCGAGUACAUAUUCUUCGGCGCUGUCCAACAUCUCGCUAUAUUCACAAGUACCAGCACAAGAUCGACGAUAGGCCUAAACGGAAGCGAAAGCGCUGAAGGUAUGUACGACGAGAUCAGAUCUUUGAUGGCGGAAACGAACACCUUUGAAAUUGCUACCGAGGAAGAUUGCUACUUGUAUGAAAGCGAAUCCGGUACCGAGUGUGACAGGAAAUCGGAAUUGACAUUUAGGAGGUACAGUCCUAGAGUUUGGCAUAUCGCUAUGUGCAUCGCUAUAUUUAGUAUUGCCAUGGAGGUGUGCUCGUUGUGGCGUUCCAAAAGUACGCCAUAUUACUGGUCGCUAAUAGAAAAGUUUGUACCCAAUAAACUAUUCUAAAAUAUAUAUGUUUCUUUUUGAAGUGCCCCCUUGAUUAAUAAAC